GCCUUGUAGAUGAUGGUGUUUCGAGGAAAGCAUAAUCUUUGAACAUUGAAGUCUAGGUCUAGUUUUAGAAACCAGCGAUCAAUAUGUCGGUGUAUUUAUUGCCAAAUCAAGGCAAAAGAAAAUCAGGCACAUCGUCGAGUAGUUCAACAGACGGAACUCUAUUGAUAAGACGACAUGAAAGCCAAGAUCGGCGUCAACAAUCGCCUUCACAUUCAAAUACAAAUAGGCCGAAUGACACAGACUCACCACACUCACCCAAUAUAACGACUAAUACCAAUAGUUUUACGCCUGCUAAUGUUAAUCAAACUCCAAGCCCUGGAAAAGAUCUUAAGCUUGCUGAUACAUUUCGCAACCUCAUGGUUACUUUAGAAAAAAGCAAUGCUAUUAUGCAAUCCUGUGCUAAUGCCGUAAUCAACUUGAAUGAAAAAGUUACACCAGAGAAAGAAGUAAAACAAUUCCUAGGUUCUCGAAAAGAAAAGGUGACUGUGGAAAUCAAAUGUGCCUUUUUAAAGAUAAUUGACAUCGAAACUUUGGAUCAGAUUUUUGAAGCCGAGGUUUUUGUCCAGGCGAAAUGGCAAGAACCAGCCUUGGCAGAAUUAGCAGCUAAAAAUGACAUAGACAAUUAUGACCCUUCCAACUACUGGAUACCACGGAUGACAGUUUUAAACACAGAUGGAGAAUUAGAAUGGAAUCGACGAAGUUUUACUGUUCAUUUUAAAGAAGAAGGAUACGAAUAUCCAGUAGUAUUGUUAUUGUGGAGAUUUAAGGGCAAAUUUCGAGAAAAUUUAGAGUUGGAACAUUUCCCUUUUGACGUUCAGGAUUUAACAAUUCAGUUAUCAACAGAAAGGUCGGCCGAUGAAGUUGUUUUAAUCGAGGAUCAACAUGUUCUUUGUACAGUGAAUACAAGAGCCUUCCAAGAUGCUCAAGAAUGGAGCAUUUAUCAACAUGUUGAAACAUUCCGUGAUCAAACAACCCAAGAAUAUGUUAGUUCCACUAUUCAUCCCAUUUUAUUUGUCCAAUGCCGAGUCAAGAGAAAAAUUGGGUAUUUUAUGUGGAACAUUAUCUUUAUCGUGUUGCUGAUUUUGGCUCUGACUUUUUCCACGUUACCUAUUGAUCCCUUUAAUGCCGACAGAAUGUCAGUGACGAUUACAUUAUUUCUUACGGCAGUGGCCUUUAAAUUGGUAGUGAAACAGAGUUUACCAACGAUAUCUUAUCUAACCUAUCUGGAUAUUUAUGUGUUAGCCACCUUGGUAUUCCUGGGGCUACAGAUUGCUGAGAAUUCAGUCAUGGCUGGUCUGUGUAGGAUAAUGAGUAGAGACGAAGUUUUUGUAUGGGAUGUCUACGCUGUAACGUCUUUAGCUAUCAUUCUACUCUUCUUCCAUCUCCUGUUUGUGAUACAUAUCUAUCUUACGGCUUACAGAAGAAGAAGGUUGAUGAAACAAAAGGACAGGUUAUAUCAGGCUAAAAAGCGUCAUUUAGAGAAAUACGGAGUCAUGAUGAAAGCUGAUCAAGCUUCGGCCUUGGCCAUUAAAAUGAAUCAACUUCCACACAAGUGAAUUAAAUAUUUUUAAGUAGAAGAAUUUGCGUGGGUUGUUUAAGUAACAGCAUCAGAAAAAGUUAAAAUUAAUUCUUCCUGAACAAAAGACGUAAAAAGGGACGACGAACAGGUAUUAGGAAAUCCGAACAAUUAUAUACGCCUACUUAACACUGAUGUUUUAGUUUAUUUCUAUAUAACGACACGUGUUUUUGUAACUUUGAUUCGCUUAAUAUGUUAUUCCUUUAAUCCAUUGUUAUUACUUUUUAAAGAAUACAUCUCAGAUAAAUCUUGUGAAGAUUCCAAAGGGUCUAUUCCACCAUUCGCAAUUAUUUAAAUUAAAAAACACUUUAAUACAACAAAUAAAAAGAUACCACAUGCCAUCAAAUUUUCGACGGUUUGCUUAUGUUACUUUGCUGAGUUAUUUUCAUAUUUCAUUAUAUAACUAGCGGUUUCCAUGAACAAAAAUCCUUAAUUGAUUGUUUUUUAUAAAUAUGAGAUGAACUUAGAUAGAUGCGUAUCUUUGCAGUAUUUAUUUUUAUCCUUUCUAGCAUUAACGUGAAAUGAAACAUGACUUUCGGAGCAUGUGUUAAAACCAUCAAAUACGCAUGUUUCUUUUUUUAAUGAUACUUGUAACACAUGUGAAUAUCAAAUCUGUCUGAAUAUUCCAGUUGAUGACAAUAUCAUUUAUUGAAAUUGACAAGUUCGCAAUUUUCGAGGGUUGAUUUAGGUUUUGAAUAUAUAUAGUCUUUAGAAUUACUAGAAGUGUACACAGAUAGUCUAAUUCCUUCAGACUUCAAAACAAGGUAUUCAUUUUCUGUUCAAUAUGUAUGUCUUUACUAUAUAUGAAAGCUCAAAUUUUAACGCUAAGCUGUUAACCCUAUUACUGAUUAGUUCAGGUUAAAAAUUCCUUUUCUGAAACUUAGGUACGAUUGGUCAAACGGAUGGCGAACCUGUCCCGUUUCUAAGAUUCAUAACGAAUACAUUUUCCUUUAGAAUGACACUUUUAGCUUCCGCGUCAAAUCCCUAUGGCUUUGUUUAUUAUAUUUCUGUGAUAUUGUUGAAUAUGAAACUCUUUUGCUGUUUUAUCUUUCCUGCUUAUUGCAUUAUUUAUGUACGUUUUCUUUAAUGUUGCCAACGCUUUUGUUUUUUCUGAAAAGAAUUAAAAAAUCUACAAAAAUUUAAAUGUUUUCCUUCCAGAAGUAAUCUUAAAAGGGAUAUUGCGAGUUUAAAUGUGGAUCAUAUAUUGACGUCACCAAUUUACGUCGGUCCAUCUCUAGAAUUAACAAUUUUUGACGGAUUUUAAGGACUUGGUGAAAUUAACGUAGGAUUAACCCUAUCUACAAUCAUCAUAUAUUGAUAUGAAUUAUUGUUCUGGAAAAAAUCUUUUUGCUGGAUUUUAAGGAAACUUGGUGAAAUUAUUCACUAUCAGCCAUGGAUUGCCACCAAAGAAAAGAGAUUGGCGCCUUACUUACAUAAAUAAAUAAAUAAUACAU